UCUGGACUGGAAUCUACACAAGACCUUAAAUAUGUGACUCAAGAAGAUAUUACUGACCUACUGCCAGCCAUUCAACUACGGAAGCUUCUGGAAGCAUUUAAAAAAGAGACAGAGGUGGUCACUUUGGACCUAGAAAUACUUCCUUCCCCUAUACCAGCAGUCAGCACACCUUUAGUUCUUCCUUGUUCCAGUCCAUCAAGUGUACCCUCAGUCUCAAAUCAAGGAUCUAGCAGCUCUGAAGAUUGUGGUCCAUCCUUUCAAAUAAAAAAAACAUGGCCAGAGACUUUCCAAAUUCCAUGGACAACCAUGCCUGUGGAUGUUCGUUCAGCGAUGGCUGAUGGCAAGAGACCUUCACCGGCAGCACGGAGACAGAUGGUCAGAGUUUUGGCAGACGAGAUGAGGAAAUAUGAACUAAAUCCCAAGCGCUCACAGUGUGUCACUGUCUGCCAAAACAUCAUCCGCCAGUAUCCUCAGAGUUUUGCUGAUCUCCGUGACAAUGGUCAGGUACUAGGAAAUGGUUAUACCUCACUGUUAAUUCAACUUAAAAACAGAAUUGAAAAUCUGAACCGCACCACAAGCUUUCGCCAGCACCGUUCCUCUGGUGAUGGACUAAAGAGAGGGCCUACUGAUACCUAUGGCUGCACCAGAUUCCAGCCUGACCUCCCACCAGAGGAGACAGAUGAAACCGUGGAGCAGAAACGUCAGCGGCUGGAUGAGAUAUACCAUCGAGAAGGAGUUAAUGGGGUUGAAAGAGUCGAGGUUAAGCAACUCAUGGAAACAACCUUUUGCAUACAGCGUCGGCAAAUAAAUGCAUUACCAGCACCAGCCAUCACAGAUUUAAGAGGGCAGUGGCCAUACCUUUUCACUCAGAAAGGGCUUUAUGCUCAUUUUGAGCUUCUUACAGAUAUCAACAUUUUACGUGCGCUUGAGCUGUCCAUGGAGGAGUGUGGAAGAAUCAUUGCAGAGUUCUUCAGCAACAAACCCAGCAACGCUGACGUCAGGGCAGUCCUUUCACUGCGCUCAGACCUCGAGCUGUUCUUCUUCGUCAUUCAACUUCUGAUGGCUCAUUUUUCAGAGACCCAGGAAGGGCUGAUCCUUUUUGCCAAUGCAUCUUCCACUGCAGCUGAUGUCGAAAGGACACUUGCACUACCUGCAACUCCCCGACUAAUACUCCUUGGUGAAAAACCAGGAAUCUGCAUUCAACAAUGGAUGAUCAGUUUUGAGGGGCAAAUAAUUUGUGCGGGCAUCCAGCCAAGUUUUCUUUCCGGGCUUGCUGCUGUUUUUGCUAUUUUCUACACUUUCAAUGUGGAGUACCAAGCUGAAGCGGCAUGCACGCUGGAAUUCAUCCAGAGGCGGUUCAUUGGGAUUAAUCCCGAAAAAGGCACCAAGGGUGGACGAGACGUCUCGAAGCGGACAGGAAAGGUCCCCCAGAAAAAGAAAACAGUCAACACCCGUGUUGCCAGUUUACUGAAGAAACUGAUGGACUUUGAGUGGGACUUUAUAUAAGUGAACCCUAUCCUUUACACAACACACAUUCCAUACACAACAAACACAAACAUGAUGUGCAUUAGUUGCACAAUUUUUUCAGGUGUUCAGUUUUGAAUACCAUAAAUUGUAAACCUUUAAUUCUUAGUCACUUUAAGUCAGUUGUUUAGUUUUUUUUACAUGUUCUACUAAUUUGGAGAAUAUUUUGUGGUUCUUUGUGUUCACUUAUGUUCAGGUGUUGAUGAAAGGUGCCACAAAUUCAGUAUUUUAUAAAGAUACAUUUAUUUGACCAUUCACUUAAUUUUCCACAGCCCCUAAUUUUGAGAAUAUUUUGUUAUUUGUAUUUGCUGGUUACAAUAACUGCACUUUAAAUAUUUAAUUUUAUUUAAAUGGCUGCAUUUUUUUGUUACUUUUGCUUUAAAUGUGUUUCAAGCUUUUAAGAAGUUAUUAAAUAAUAAA